UUGGUCUAAAACCACUUACAUGAGGCUGGACCUUAUUUUUCUAACAAAUUCAAGGAGGACUUUGUCAUUUUCAUCAAAGCCAAAAAGAAAUACUACUAAUAUUGUAAUCAUGAUGGAGUAUGUUGAGAGCAAGAAUCAUUUCGUUCUUUGUUUAUACGUUGGGCACAUGAAUGAAUCAUGCUGAAUUUCUGUUAAAAAAAUAAUAUUGUAAUUAGCUUCAAUAUAUAAUUUUAUGGUUUAAAUAUGUAUAGAUACAAAGGAAAUAAACAAACAAAUAAAUAAGAUAAGGAUGCAAGUGCAACAGAUAUAUAUAUAUAUAUAUAUGUAUAUAUAAGUUUUGCAUAGUCAGAAAAGAUAUGAUAGUAUAAUUUUCCCUCUAAUUCCACAUGCUAAUGUAUAUCCGGACAGUGAUGAUGAUAAAUAAAGUAUACAAAAGAAACAAAAAGAGAGAAACAAAAUAUACAUGAUAACUUAUUUUUUGUGAUAUUUUGCAUGUAUAGACAAUUUAAAUGGCAUCCAUGUCCCAAUGUAUCCAAUGGGCAUCCUCACCAGCCCUGGCGAAAUACCGGUAAGUGCCUUCUCUUCAUCAGUCAAUUCCUUGCUGGUACUACUACAAGAGCAAGACAUCAGAGUCUCAUAGUAACCCGAGCUAAUCGCUGUGAACCCAAAUUGACUGUAGUUCUGAAAGUGGUGCAUCGGCCUGUUAGCCCUUUCUUCAGAUUCCAUGUCAAAGGAGAUCACCAAACCCAUAUUCCUUGUUGGCCAUGGACUUCAAUAGCUCGUCUUGAGGUUGAUCCUCAAGGCCCAGGUAGAUCACCCUGAGGCCCAGUUUCUUCAUUCUAGUGGCAUAAUC